AUGUCGUCAAAAUUAUUUUUUUCUUACGAAGAAGAUGUAAUGUUGGUUGAAUUGGUCAGCAAUCACCCUUGCUUGUUUGAUUUAAUACAUCAAUCAUACAAAGAUAUUCAAAUAAGAGAGAAUGUAUGGAAAGAAAUUUCAAUUAAUUUAAAAUUAUUUUUGUUUAGGGGAUUAUCAAAUGUGAUCUCAAACGAAGAUCAAAACGCAACACAAAAUGAUGACACAAGUAGCCAAGUACAUGAUUCGCCAGUAGAUGACUCUAUUUUAUCACAGAUCGAGUCAGAUUAUGAACAUUUACCAUCCACGUCUUUUUCUGAGCCAACUGAAGUUAUAGCUAAAAAAGCAAAAGUAUCCUUAACAACAAAACGACUUAAACAAAAUGAAAUUAUUAUAGAUACUUUAAAUAAAAGAAGCGAUGAGCGUAAUAAGUUAUUGGAGAAGUUAUAUGAAACAAAUGAAAGAGAUCCAAUAGAUAUAUUUUUUGAAAGCAUUGCUGCAACUGUCAAACAAUUUACUCCAGAAUUGAAAAUUAAAGCCAAAACAGAUGUUUUUCGUAUUGUCAGUGAAUUAGAGGUACAAAAUAUUCAGCCAGAGCGUCAAUCUUCUUCUUCUUCUACUUACAUAUUUCCACAAACAGUAAUUUCAAGUCCACGAGAUAUUCAGUCUUUACAUUCAUACACAAGUUCAUUGCAAAGUAAUUCUACGUCAAGUUCUUUUGAUAUAGACAGUUCAGCUGUAAAUUGGACUCAACCAUUUACACAACAUUAUGAAGAUACUAAUAAUUAAGGGCGACAAGUCAGGUCAUCAGCUCAUAAUAUUAUAUAUGUAUAAAAUCUAAACAGUUUUUAUACUUUUAUU